GUCCCCUCGCUCUGCAGGCUCACAGCCGAAAGGAUGGAGAACUCGUCAGUGGCCUCGGCCUCCUCGGAGGCGGGCAGCAGCCGCUCGCAGGAGAUCGAGGAGCUGGAGCGCUUCAUCGACAGCUACGUGCUGGAGUACCAGGUGCAGGGGCUGCUCAGCGACAAGACUGAGGGCGACGGCGAGAGCGAGAAGACGCAGUCCAACAUCUCUCAGUGGACGGCGGAUUGCAGUGAGCAGCUCGAUGGCAGCUGCUCCCCAUCCAGAGGGAAGGGCUCGUCGUCCCACCAGCACAAGCAGGAAGAUUGGGAUCACAGCAGCGGCGGGAGCGCAGGAUCGCGGCCGGGGUCAGGCUCCAGGUGUGGCUCUGGAUCGAGGUCUGGGAGGAGCAGCCAGUUGAGGCGCACUACCAAGAAUGGCAACAAGGAGGGCUCCCUUGACAUGCUGGGCACUGACAUCUGGGCUGCCAACACCUUUGAUUCCUUCAGUGGUGCCACGUGGGACCUGCAGCCUGAAAAACUAGAUUUCAGCCAAUUCCACAGGAAGCUCCGGAACACCUCCAAACACCCACUGCCCCACAUCGACAGGGAAGGGCUUGGAAAAGGGAAAUAUGAGGAUGGUGACAGCAUCAAUCUGAACGACAUCGAGAAGGUCCUCCCAGCGUGGCAGGGUUACCACCCGCUGCCUCAUGAAGCUGAAAUCGCACACACCAAAAAGCUGUUCAGAAGGAGGAGAAACGACAGGCGGCGACAACAGAGACUUCCUGGUGGGAACAAGUCCCAGCAGCACGCAGACCAUCAGCAAGGUGGUACCAAACACAACAGAGAUCACCAGAAGCUCUACCAAGGAGGUCAGGCCCCUCACUCCUCUGGUAGACCAGGCCACCACGGCUACAGCCAGAACCGGCGAUGGCACCACAACCAGAAGCACUCGCCCAAUGACAAAGAGACGCACAGGAGCACCAAAGAGACUGAGAAUCUGAAAAUCGAGGACACCUCCACUGGCACAGGGCACAGCCCCGUGGAGGCGCAGCGCAGUCCGGAGGCGGUGGAGAAGCACUCCCAGCCGUACAGCCCAGAGGUGGAGACCAAGAGGAAGGACAGCAUUCACGAGCGCGUUGGGGAAAGGCCCAAGAUCAACUUGCUUCAGUCUUCCAAAGACAGGCUGCGGAGGAGACUAAAAGAAAAGACGCCUUGUCUUUCCCUUUUCACGGACCAGGACGAAGUCACAGUGGAAACCACCCACCCUGAAAAGAACAAAAUGGACAAAUUAAUUGAAAUCCUUAACAGCAUGCGUAACAACAGCAGUGACGUUGACUCCAAGCUGACCACCUUCAUGGAGGAGGCUCAGAACUCCACCAACUCUGAGGAAAUGCUUGGGGAGAUAGUUAAAACCAUCUACCAGAAAGCAGUGACAGACCGCAGCUUUGCUUCCACGGCUGCCAAGCUCUGUGACAAAAUGGCCCUCUUCAUGGUGGAAGGAACCAAGUUCCGGAGUCUGCUCCUCAACAUGCUGCAGAAGGAUUUCACCAUGCGGGAGGAGCUGCAGCAGCGGGACGUGGAGCGCUGGCUUGGCUUCAUCACCUUCCUCUGUGAGGUCUUUGGCACCAUGAGGAGCAGCACCGGGGAGCCCUUCCGAGUCCUUGUGUGCCCCAUCUACACCUGCCUCAGGGAGUUGUUACAAUCUCAGGAUGUGAAGGAGGAUGCCGUGCUGUGCUGCUCCAUGGAGCUGCAGAGCACCGGCCGGCUGCUGGAGGAGCAGCUGCCUGAGAUGAUGACGGAGCUGCUGGCUGCGGCCCGCGACAAGAUGCUGUGUCCCUCUGAGUCCAUGCUGACGCGUUCCCUCCUGCUGGAGGUCAUCGAGCUGCACGCCAACAAUUGGAACCCGCUGACGCCCACCAUCACGCAGUACUACAACAAGACAAUCCAAAAACUGACGGCCUGAGGGGCAGGGCAGGGUGGGGUGGGAAGGGGCGAGGAGAAGACGUGCACCUUAGCGGGAUUCCAGUUGAUGUACCCAAGCAGACAAACCCCAGCAUGCUCGAGAAUUAUGUUCGUGGGGUGGGGAGGGAGAAGCAUGUUUCUUUCAGCCUCGUCGCCAAGUGCCACCCCUCCUCCCUGCCGUGUUUUUGUUGUAGGGUUUUCUUUUCUGAAAUCGGCGUGUCCCGCCGGGUUAUUGUUUGGCUUUAGAAAGACGACGGUGAGUCGGAGGAGCGAGCCCAAUGGGGCCAGGAUUGUUUUCACGCUGUCCCCCUGCCCGGCUCCGGCCAACUGGCAGCAGGCAGCACACAGCAGAUGUCUGGGGAGGACAAAGCGUGGCACACACUACACAGACACUCAUCACUGACGGCUUUUGUGCAGCGGAGCUCUCGUUAUUUUAUUUUUCGCCCUCCUCUUCUCUUCAGCUUUCUGCCCCCACCUCCGCUCCGUCUCCUCCGGAUUUCGAUGGGCACAUAGGAUGGCUUUCUGAUUUGCACUGGGUUUUGUUUUUUUUUUUCUCGUGUUUUUAUUCUAUUUUAUCUUAUGACCGUCAAAACGGACAGUUGCGAUCCGCGCGGAGAUGGGGCAGCAGUGCUCACCCUCCGCUCACGAAUGGUUUCAUGAAGAUGCUGAAGCAGGAGAAGGAUUUUACAAGAGCCCAAAAGCCACUUUUGGAGAAACGUAGCCACAGUCUUCUUGCCAGAAACCUCGCAGAUUUACCCAAAAACACGUGCCCUGAGCUAGGAGCUCUGCAGAACACGGGAUGCUGCUAUGCUGCAGCAUCUCCCAUCCACUUAACAGUAGCCCUUUUUUUUUUUUUAAAUUUUUUUGUUGUUGUUGUUUCUGUUGAAAGAGUGCUUUAUUGUAAUUACUGUCAUCAUUGUAAUUAUACAUUUAAGAGCAGGCCUGUUAUAGUCAGGCCUAUUCAUGUACAGGGCAAGGGAGAAAUGAAGACUUGGUGUUCUUGGGAAACCAGCAGAGAGAAGGCAAAAAGCAUAUGGCAAAAAAAGGGAGGAAAAAGAAGAGGAAAACAACGAGAAGCCGAAAAUACAGGUUUCCUGCUGCUUUCUCGCUGGCUGCAUUUCCUACCUAGUUUGUAGACUGCGAUUCAGUGGGCUUGGAGGUUCCUUCCAACCCAUCUGUGCCAUGGUUCUGUGAUCUUCAAGGUCCCUUCCUACCCAACCAUUACGUGGUUCUGUGGAUCUCUGGGGAGCUGGAAGAGCGGAGACUUUUGACGUGAAGGUGUUGAGGAAGUGAGAGUCUUGGUUAGACGGUUCAGAGCGCUGGGAGCCGUUCGGUUGGUUGCCUGUUGGUGUGUCUGCAGAUCCACACCUGGAGUACGAGAGAGGAACUGGGGAGAAGAGCUUCAGCGGUCCUAAAUGCUGAGGAAACAGAGAGAUGGUUGCCUGUAUGGAAGGACUGAUACCAGGAUCUGAGCUGGCAGCCUCCCCACAGCCCACAGCACAGCAUCCCUUGGACCCUGCUCUCUGACUGGAGCAAAAGAAGGAAAAAAGAAGGAAAAAAAAUAUA